AUGCCUGUUGUAACUGAGACUUUCGAUGGUAUCCUCUUUGACAUGGACGGAACACUCGUCGACUCGACGCAAGGUGUCAUCGGAGCGUGGCAUUUCUUCAAAGAGAGGUACCCUCAUAUCGAUGUCGAAAAGAUUCUCGAUACCGCGCACGGUGUCCGAACAGUCGACAACCUCCGACACCACUGCGGCGUAACCGACCCAGACGAGCUCGAAUCCGAAGCCCUCCGAUUCGAGCAAGAAAUCGUCAACCACUCGUCAAAGAACGGUCGAGAAGGCAUCGUCGCCCUCCCAGGCGUUCGCGACCUCUGCAACACCCUCUUCAUCCCCGAAGGCUCCCGCCGCUGGGCGAUCUGCACCUCAGCAACUCGAGCAUAUGCAACCCAAGCACUCAAAAUCGCUGGCAUCCCCCAUCCAUCAAACUUCAUCGCCGCCGAGGAUGUAAAGGCCGGAAAGCCCGCUCCGGAUCCUUAUCUUGAAGGUGCGAAACUCCUUGGCCUUGAUCCGAGGCGCUGCCUUGUCGUCGAGGAUGCCCCAGCCGGAAUUGCCAGCGGCCUCGCAGCUGGCUGCAAGACGCUUGGGGUCAUUACUUCUCAUUCUGGCGAAGCUAUGCUCAGGGAAGGUACAACCUACCUUGUCAAGGAUCUGGCGAGCGUAUCAAUGAAACUUACUCCUAAUGGCAUCAAGGUUACCAUGCACACCGUAGAAUAG